CCCGGAGGAGGCGGCGGCGGCGGCGGCGGCAGCAGGAUGCUGAGCCCCGAGCGGCUGCCCGGGCCCGAGUACCUAGCUCAAAGGCAUGUCCUCACGUACAUGGAGGAUGCAGUGAGCCAGCUGCUGGAGAACAGAGAAGAUAUUAGUCAGUAUGGCAUUGCCAGGUUCUUCACUGAAUAUUUUAACAGCGUACGUCAAGGAACACACAUUUUGUUCCGUGAGUUCAGCUUUGUCCAAGCUACCCCUCAUAACAGGGCAUCUUUUCUUCGGACUUUUUGGAGAUGUUUCCGAACAGUGGGGAAAAAUGGAGAUUUGCUGACAGCACAGGAAUACCACUGCCUACUGCAGCUGCUCUGCCCUGACUUCCCUAUGGAACUCACUCAGAAAGCAGCAAGGAUUGUGCUGAUGGAUGAUGCUAUGGAUUGUCUGAUGUCUUUUUCUGAUUUCCUCUUUGCUUUCCAGAUCCAAUUCUACUAUUCAGAAUUCUUGGAAAGUGUGGCUGCUAUUUAUCAAGAUCUAUUGGCUGGUAAGAAUCCAAAUACUGUGAUCGUGCCAACAUCAUCCUCUGGGCAACAUCGGCAGCGGCAACCCCCAAAUGACUGCAACCAGCUUGAUGGGGUAGAGGCAUCUCUCUUCUACCAGUGCCUAGAGACCUUGUGUGACAGAUCAAAAUACAGCUGUCCACCUUCUGCUCUUGUGAAGGAAGUGCUAAGUACUGCACAGAGACUGACCUUCUCUGGAUUCCUUCUGGCACUUGCAAAGGAUCAGGGGAUCAACAGAGCCCUAGGGGCUUUGCCAGAUAAAGGAGAUUUGUUUCUGGACCCUGCCAUGGAUCAGGAACUUGAGAAAUUGGUAGCUCAGGUUUCAGGGCUUUCCAUCUCUGCUCCCAUCAGCUCCAGCGGGGAUACUGCUAAUUUUCAUGUCCGUAACUCUCCCAGGAUAAACUCUCCCUGGAAACCACUGCAUCAUCGCCGAAAAAUAGAUGCUGAAAGUGAAGGCUCCAAUGAAGAGACAGAUUCCUCUGAAAAUUGAAGGUUGUGAGGGUGGGAACCUUUCUCACCCUUGGUUUGUCCAGAGCUCACUGUAGGUACAGCAUCUCUUCCCGGAGCAUCUGCUCUGACAGUGGGUUCUGUUCACAUCACGAGUGUGUGCGUGGCUGUGCCAGUUCCCAUUGCCAGGUCCGCCUGUUCCUUCCCAGCAAGAAUGCUGCUAGUUUCCUAGAUCCGAAUUUGUGCAGUAGCUCCUCCUCAGAAGCUAUUUCCAGAUGCAGUUAUGCUACCCUCUGCUGGCAAGUAAGACAAACCAGCAGAUGCUAGAUGCCUGUAUUUGGAAAUAGCAGGGUGUUCUCUCACCAGGGAUCUCACACAGUUCAGCAGGUGCUGGAGCAGUGGGAGUUCUGGUGCAGGCUGAUUGCCAGGUAGCUGUGUUUAAACUUGACCUAGACAAUAGACUGGUUAAAUUGCCAGCAGCAGCUUUGCAUUCAUGCUCCAUUAUGAUUAUUCCUAGUAAAGCUGCACCUGCAUGUGAUCAAAGGUGGAGAAAUUCCUGAAGUUCCUCAAGUAGAAGGGCUUAGGUAUUGCCAUGCUGCCUGUCACUGCUUCCUCCUCUCUGAGUCCAAGACAUGCCAAAGCAAAUAUACCAAAUAAUAAGCAGGAUUUCAGUGGGUACUGCAUGCUGCUGUCUGGCUCUUCUGCAGUCCCUCACUGGGAGGCCUCCUCCUACCUCCAACAAGCUUAACAUGCUAUUUGGCAAAAGGGAACUUUAGAGGGGGUGGAGGAGAGAGAUGAAGUCUUGAGAUUGCUUCGCUACAAGCAGUGGCAUGGCCUGCAAACAUGUAGGGCACCUGCUGGUGUUUGGCAGGCAGAAGCACUGGGGAGAUGGAGGCAGGUUUUAAGUAAGUCCUAGAUAUUUUUGUAAAUAUUGGUAUUGCAGCACCACAGUGUGGCACGAACAGCUACAGAAGGAGUUGUAACUUCAUUGUGUUAAUGGUAAUGCUAACUCCACAGCCUGGCUGCUGCAGCCCUGAACCCUUCCCUAGCUGCGCUCCUGUGCUAUGGCUUGCAUAGACUGAGACACUGGUUUCUUAUGAGUCUUGGGGAACCUCCUUGCUCUUCCCUCCCAUAAAACACUACAUGGCAUGGGCUACUAACAGCUGUUAACCCAAAGCUUAUUGCUGCCCUAAGCUGACUGGAUUCAGCACAUACUGUAACUAUUUUAAGAGUAAUCCCUUCACUACUGCUGACCUAGCUGUGGAGGUAGUGGGAGGUGUUAUUUAUUUAUUAUAUUAUUUAUUAGCAUGCCCUUUAACUGCACGUUCACUCCCACCCACCAAGUGACAACCAAAGCUGGAGAAUAAAGCCUGCUGUGUAAGGUCUCCACCAUCUCUGGGCUCUUCUGCGCUGCUCCGCGCCCUCCCCAGGGCUCACUCUGCCUGCUCCCCUCUCAAGCCUCUGUCUGCCUCCAGCCACGUGGUGGGGAACUGAGGUGACGGCAGAGGGAAGCUCAGGCCUCUCCCACUCUCCAGGCAGCCAUAUGGCUUCACCAUGCAGGUAGAGACAGGGCAGCUGCUGAGGCAGCAGGACUUGCUGGUACCGCAGCCCCUCUGGCUCCCACCACACAAAUCUGGCCCAGGUCUAUGAAAAGAUGGCACAAGGUUGGGACUCAGCCCUGGAGGAGGUUUGUUGAUGGGAACCCACAGAAUAAAAAGACCCAGCCUCUUGUUUUGCUAA